AUGGAUAAAAAUGGCGAGAUCAAGGUUGACGUGAGGGACCUCCCCAUAUCAAAUGGAACAGAAAGAAAGCAGCAGUCGCCCACUGCAUCCUCUGCUAAAAUUCUUCAUGAUAAGCCUCCCCCCAUAGCCAUUGUCGGUAUGGCUGCGAGGCUGCCGGGGGGAGUAAAUUCCAUUCCAGAUAUAUAUGAAUUUCUCCGGGACCGAAAAGACGGGCUAUGCGAUGUCCCCUUAUCGAGAUUCAGCAUCAAUGGAUUUCACAAUGACGGAGACAUACCAUACUCGAUGAAGAACCAGAAAGCGUAUUUCAUCGACGACGAUAUCGCCAUGAUGGAUGCUUCGUUCUUUGGAUUAUCUGAAGUGGAGGCUGCUGGCUCGGAUCCUCGCGCGAGACUCCUACUCGAAGUGGCUUACGAAUGCCUCGAGAAUGCAGGCCAGACGAGAUACCGUGGCCAAAGGAUAGGGUGUUAUAUUGUUGCUUGGGGUGCCGAUUGGGCAGAGCUCACACUGAAGGAUGGCCAACAUCGCAAUCCAAUGAUUGGGGCAGCAGCAGGGGGUUUCUUCUUGUCUAGUUAUAUCGCGUGGAACUUGGACCUGCAUGGACCGACUAUUGGAGUGCUGUCUCCCUCAGGACAAUGCAAGACAUUCGACGCAUCAGCCGACGGCUUUGGGCGCGCAGAAGCCGUGAAUGCCGUUUUGAUAAAGCCGCUGGACGAUGCUGUACGAAAUGGGGACCGAGUCCGCGCUGUCAUCCGCGCAACAACUGUAAAUAAUGAUGGGCGGACACUGGUUCUUUCGACACCCUCAGCAGAUGCCCAAGAAGAGCUUAUUCGGCAUGCAUAUAGGAAGGCUGGUAUUGACGACAUACACGAAACGGCAUAUUUCGAAAGCCACGGGACUGGCACGAUGGCGGGAGACGUUGCAGAGAUGGCUGCAGUGGCGAAGGUGUUCCCAAACGGCGUUCACAUUGGAUCGGUUAAACCAAACUUUGGCCAUUCGGAGGGUACUUCGGGCAUUACGAGUCUUAUCAAGGCAGUGGUGUCCCUGGAGAAGAAGACCAUACUACCGCAUAUCCAUAUGGUAGAGCCCAAUCCAAGGAUUCCAUUCGAGGGUGCCGGUUUGAUAGUUCCUACUGAUGAGAUGCCAUGGCCACAGGGCCGGAAAGAGAGAAUCAGCGUGAAUAAUUUCGUCGUAGUCUCAGCCAGCAGCGAAAAGUCCCUCCACAAACGAAUAGAACAUAUUGAAGCUUAUAUUCAAUCAAAUCCAAUCUCCAUUGCCGACCUAGCAUUCACACUGGGAGAGCGUCGAGAACACCUCGAACGCCGGGCCUUCAUGCUGGCCACCAAUGAAUCCGCAACCGGUUCGUUUAAUAUAAGCACUGCGAGCCCUGGAUGCAAACCAGAGAUCAUAUUUGUUUUUACAGGCCAGGGAGCCCAGUGGCCAGAAAUGGGGAAGUCGCUGAUACAUUCCUUUCAUCGGUUCCGAUCGAGUAUCCAGCUGCUUGACCAUGCUCUUCAGGAAAUCGAGCAUCCACCAAAUUGGAGCUUGCAAGACCUUCUCUGUAAUAGUAACAGCUCGGAAUUGAACGCUGCAGCAUUUGCACAACCGUUAUGCUGCGCCAUUCAAAUCGGCCUCGUGGAUCUUCUGGAGCACUGGGGGAUUACGCUGGCGUCUGUCAUCGGCCAUUCCAGUGGUGAAAUAGCAGCAGCGUAUGCGGCCCGGGCUUUGACUGCGGAAGAUGCUAUUAAAGUCGCCUACCAUCGUGGCCAGAUCCUGCAGAAAGUGCAACGCCAAGGGGGUAUGGCAGCCAUCAGUAUGGGCCGCGAGCAAGUUACUCCCUACCUGGCAAAUGGUGUGGUGAUUGCGUGCGAGAACAGUCAGCACAGUGUUACAUUAUCUGGGGACCCAGAUGCACUGGAUAGUAUUAUGGAACGAAUAAAAGCCGAUGACCCUGACGCUCUCUGCCGUUUGCUCCGGGUCGACAAAGCCUAUCACUCCCCCCAUAUGCAGGACGCCGCUGACGACUACGAAGCCUCACUUCAGAGCUUGUCUUCAAGGAGUACGGAUACUUUGUCUAUGAUACCAUUCUUUUCCUCUGUCACUGGCGCACGCAUUACCGACCCAUCUGCGCUGGAUGUUAAAUACUGGCGACGCAACCUAGAGUCUCCUGUGCUCUUCUUAACUGCAAUGAAUGCGAUACUAGACGCUGAGGAAGAGUCAGGUAGGAUAUUCCUUGAGAUUGGACCUCAUUCAGCCCUCUCCGGACCAAUACGACAGAUCCUCUCGGAGCAUCAACACGGGGAGUCCUGCUCUUAUAUACCAUCCCUAGUCCGAGGAGAAGACCCUAAGACAUCUGUGCUCUACACUGCGGGAAACAUAUACAAUACUGGAGGAGCCAUCAACUUCCGUGCAAUAAACGGCGAGGGAAACCUCCUUCUAGAUUUACCUCCAUACCCGUGGCAGCACGAUACCAGAUAUUGGAGCCAGACACCCGCAGUCGAAGCCUGGAGACUCCGCAAGUAUCCACACCAUGAAUUACUCGGCUCUCGAGUAUUAGGGUCCACAGACCUCGAACCGUCAUGGCGCAACACACUAUCCCUUGACGAUGCUCCGUGGUUAUACGGCCAUAGAGUACUAGGAAAGACGCUGUUCCCUGGGGCGGGAUAUAUCGCAAUGGCAGGGGAGGCAGUUCAACAAAUCACCAAUUCAGCGAGCGUCAGGUAUCAGAUUAGCCAUUUAGUUCUCAAAAACGCCCUGUUCAUCGACAGCAACGACUCGGUAGAACUUAUCACCAACCUAAGGCCAUCUCGGAUUUCCGAUAUCCAGGAUUCGGAUUGGUAUGACUUCUCGAUUACUUCUGUCCAGACCGGUGAAGCGCUACGACUAUGCAUCGGCCAAGUGCGAGUUGCUCCAGCGUCAGUUCCGUCAUGUAUGCCACUGAUAGAUGGCACCCGACUAAAGCGGCGCGUUACAUCGACAUCCUGGUACAAGGGGUUAAAGGAGAUUGGAAUGGACUAUAACCGAGAAUUCCGAGGCCUCGACGACAUCUAUGCUGACCCGAUGCAGUACAUAGCAAAGAGCACGGUAAAGACGGCCAGAGUGUCACCCAGCCGGUAUGUAAUGCACCCGACUAGUAUCGACCGAUGCUUGCAACUGCUUUCAGUAGCUAUGUUUCGAGGCCUGGUCCGGAAUAUCAAUAUCCGGAGUCUCCCUGUUCUGUUUGAGGAUAUCCUCAUUGGUCCGGAAACUGAGGAGCUCCAUGUACAAGCCCAGACAGACUCAGGAAAAGGAAAUUUCAUCAUUGGGGACGUUGGCGCACUGGCUCAAGACCAAAAGGAACUCGUUCUGUCAAUUACAGGCGCAAGGCUUCAUAUUAUAGGUGAUGACAGCGCACAUCAUAAGCAGGAUGACCUUGCAUCUAGGCCGGUAUGGAUGCCUCAUAUUGACUUUAUACCGGCUGUAGCCAUGGCAAAGGCACCACCACCAUUGACACUCGAUACCGAAGCCCGCGACAGAGUCGUCGACCUCUUUAUAGCAGAAGCUGCAGCUCGAGUAAAAGACAUAGGACCUGCGGAGGACCACCUUCUCAAGUACAAGCGGUGGCUGAGGGCCAAUCAGUCCAGGAUCCAGAAACAGGGAACAUGGAGACUAUCCGACUUUGGAUACGCGCUGGACUGCCCCUUUGACUCCUCUACUCCAAUAGAUAUGCUGAAUUGGUUGACCGUGAAGACCGAUGAGUACUCUCAGUUAAAUCCCCUAGUCGGCUGCAUGCAUCGGGUCUUGGAUAACAUCGUGGACAUUUUUUAUGGCACAGUUAAUGCCCUCCAUCUCCUGAUGGAAGACGACGGGUUAAAAGACGUCUACGAUGUGCUCUUAUCUUUCGACUCAUGCAACGAGUUCUUCACAACGCUGGGCCACUCGAACCCGGAAUUAAAUAUCCUAGAAGUAGGCGCUGGAACGGGAAGCGCAACCGCUCGUUUUCUGGAAUACCUCCACGCGCCGGAUGGGAGUCGCUUAUAUUCCAAGUACACGUUUAGCGACAUCUCGGCCGGUUUCCUGGCGGCGGCGAGGGAAAGGUUCGCGAGGUAUGAUGGGAUGGAGUACGCGGUGUUGAAUAUCAGCGAGGAUCCUACGGCGCAGGGGAUUGAGUUGGCCAGGUAUGAUCUGGUUAUUGCUUCUAAUGUUAUCCAUGCGACGCCGACCCUGAAUAGAUCACUGUCUAAUAUCAAAUCACUCCUCGCCCCGGGUGGUCGAUUGUUCCUACAGGAGCUUGCUGAAGAAUGUCGUGGGGCCGAGUAUAUAUUUGGCCUACUUCCAGGCUGGUGGAUAGGUGAAAGCGACCAGCGCAUUGACAAACCCUAUGUCUCUGUAGACCGAUGGAGACAGGAGCUGAAGGCCGCCGGAUUCAACGGCAUCGACUUUGCAAUCCACGAACAGACCAGUCUGCUCGUCAACCUAGUAUCACGCUGCCCGGUGGCAGCACCGUCGACGCAAACAGUGAACCUACUUGUUCCUGAGAAUCAAUCCCAGUGGACCCAGGAUGUCGUAAAGCGAUUCACAUCGAAGGGGUAUCAAGCCAACGUAUGUACACUGGACCAACCCCCGCCUAGGGGGGGAGAUACCAUCUCCCUCCUCGACGCAGAAGGGCCAUUCCUCUUCGAUAUCUCGGAAGAAUCGUUCGAGCAGUUAAAGUCAUUUCUCCUACGCCCUUCAAUCAAACGCGUGCUGUGGGUGACGAGGAUAUCCCAGAUUGCCUGUGCAGAUCCACGAUAUGGCCUAAUACAUGGCUUUCUGCGCGCGCUGCAUGGAGAAGCUCAUACGGAUGGCACUAGUCUAUCUGUGCUUGACGUUGAUGAGUUUGGUCAGGACAAUAUCUGCCAUUUACUACGGGUGUAUGACCAGCUGAGUCGCGUACAGCUGUCAGAUGAAUCCCGGCGGGAGGAAUAUGUGCUCCGCAACGGGGUAAUUCACGUUGGGAGGUUCGAGACUGUGGAUAUGGGAAAGGAGCUGGAGAGCCCUGUGAGGGAUUCCACAUCUAGGAGGUUAGGUAUUGAGUCGACAGGACUCCUGGACUCGCUGUUCUGGAGAGAAGAUACUCUUUCCAACCCGAAGGCUGGAGAGGACAUUAUCACUGCUCUUGGCCUUAUUGCAACACCAGACCAACUAGGCUUAGAAGGAAGCGGGGUGGUUGAGGCAGUCGGACCCGGCGUAUCUAGUAUCAAACCCGGAGACAGAGUGAUAUUCCUGGGGCCUGGAUGCUUCGCGACACAUCUUAUAGUACCCUGCCUAAAGGUGAUACCUCUGCCAGAGGAGUGGUCACUCGAAGACGGGGCGACGACCCCAAUUGUGUCUCUAACUGCAGCUCAAUGCCUUUUGAGAAUGGGAAAUCUGCAACGUGGUCAGUCAGUAUUGAUCCACGCAGCAGCCGGCGGCGUUGGCAUCGCGGCUAUCAGGAUAUGCAAAGGCAUAGGGGCUAAGAUAUAUGCCACCGUUGGGAAUGAAACGAAGGUACAGUAUUUAAUGGAUACAUUCGGUAUUCCACGAUCUGAUAUCUUCCACUCGCGCGAUUCGUCAUUCUACACCGGCCUAAUGCGCGAGACGGGUGGCCGUGGAGUCGACAUCGUGUUGAGCUCACUGAGCGGCGAGCUACUGCAAACAUCAUGGAAGUGCGUAGCCCCUGGCGGAACAAUGUUCGAUAUCAGCAGAAGGGAUGUACUGGCGGACGCGAUGCUCCCGAUGAAGCACUUUGCCGGACGACGAUCCUUCGUCACAGUGGACUUGGGAGAGUAUAUGGAAGAAGCCAAGGAUCAGUCCGCUGAUUUCUCCAUUCCAGUGAAGCAAGGUCUUAUAGGGCCCAUCUCGCCAGUAACCUGCUUCGACGCAUCUGAUGUUCCGGCUGCAUUCCGUCAUAUGCAAACGGGGCAGCAUAUCGGGAAGAUUUUGGUUCGAAUGCCAGAGGACCUCAAUACGCUACCUACAAAGGAUACUCGUGCAGAAGUUUCAUUUUCACCUGACUCUGCGUAUCUUCUCAGCGGCGGUCUAGGUGGCUUAGGACGCGCCCUGUCCAACUGGAUGGUGGAGAGGGGCGCUCGGUGUUUGGUAUAUCUUUCACCAAGUGCAGGUACAACCGAGGAGCAUCAUAACUUUGAGGAAGAGCUCAAAUGUCAAGGCUGCGAAGUGGUAUUUGUCCACGGUACAGCAGCCGAGAUGUCCGAUGUGCAACAGGCUAUAUCGCAAAGCCCAAAGCCAGUGAAGGGGGUCUUCCAGCUCGCUUUGGCAUUGAAGGACAUAACCUUCGAGCGCAUGACAUUUGAAGACUGGACUAUCCCACUGACGGCCAAGGUCAGCGGUACAUGGAACCUGCACCAGGCAUUCCAAAACACAGCCCUAGACUUUUUCGUCAUGUUUGGGUCCAUUGCAGGUAUUGCCGGCAUGUCAGGCCAGUGCAACUACUCCGCAGCAAAUACCUUCAUCCACGCUCUAUCCAGGCACAGGCACUCUCUCGGCCAGCCAGCCUCUGUUCUAGAUCUCGGCCCGGUAGCAGAUAUAGGGUACGUGAGUCGCAGUCCCGAGCUGAUCAAAGCAUUCAGCGGCCGGCACGAAUUCCAAUAUAUCAAAGAACGGGAAAUGCUAGAUGCAGUCGAGGCCUUGAUAUAUCAUUCAUCCGCCCAACAGGACUCACCUACUCGAUACGACUUCAAUCACAUAAUCCUAGGUCUUACGCCAACAGCACUUUGGAUAAACCAGCGGGGAGACACCCGACUUGCAAUACUCAGUAAUCGCGCACAGAGACGACAACAAGGCCCCGAUACCGUGGACGACAUCGUCGACUUUGUAGCGCAAGUCGAGUCCGAACCGGAAGUCCUCAACCGCCCAUCGACGGAGGAAUUUCUGAUCGUAAAAGUAGGACACAUGAUCAACACGCCAAAUUCCAAGGCCCCCGUGAAACCAGAUUUGAGAGCGCUGGCUGCCAUCCCGAUCGACUCUCUUAUCGCCAUUGAAGCCCGGGCGUGGGCGAGAAAGCGGCUGGGUAUACAGAUCAAUUUGUCUGAUAUUACAGCUGCAGGGAAUGUCAAGGGGCUGGUAGGUUUGGCCAUUGAUGGGAUGAAGAAAAGAUAUUCUAUUUCGUAG